GCACUGUGGGAGACUUUUAUCAAGAUUUCUUGAGCUACACAAGGGUCUUAUGAAUUUGGACAGGAAACACCGUAAGAUUUCGUGUUGUAGAUUGCUCUUCAUGAUCCUUCACGUAAGAGGCAGGUCGCAUGUAUUAUCUAUUAAUGUCUCUGAAUUAUUAAAACUUUUUGAAACUAUCACUAGCACGGCAUUAACGUAUCUCAUAGUAAUCGUGCCAACACGAAAGCAUUUCCAUCAUCACUGCAAUUUCAACCAUCCUCCUUUUUUUUUUGUGUGUGUGUGUGUUUAGGUAGUAUACAGUCUAUUAAAAUCUAUACUCUUC